AUCCACCUCCUCAUAUCCGUUACCGUUGCCGCUCCGCGCCUCCCCACUGCUUCACUGUCGCACCACCUCACCCAGUUGCCGCCUCUAUUGCCGCCCACCACCCCCCACCACCCUCGCGAUGUCACCCCCCGUCCCACUCACGUUAUACCUAUUGACGCUGAACUGCGCGCUUCUCCCGCAACCUCCCACUCACCUAUCCGCCGCGAUAACACCAACUCUCCCCACCCUACCCCCCGCGCUACUCCUGCUCUCACUCCAAGAACUCGCCCCCAUCUCCGCAAGCUUCGUAGGCGGCCCCCGCCUCACCCAGCCGAUCACCGCGCUCUCCUCGGCAGUAUCCGCCGCAACCCGCAGCGUCUAUGGUGCGGAAGCGGAGUUCGAACUGCUGGGGUGGUGUCAUGUCGGGCCGACUGCGUUGCUCGCGUUCACGCCCACGCACUCUGCGGCGGCGGUGGCCGAUGUGAGGUGGGCGAGCACCGGGCUGGGUGUAGGCCUGAGUGUAGGCGGCGCGGGCGUGGGGCUGGGGAAUAAAGGCGCUGUUGCUGUGCGGCUGCUCGUGGACGGUGUGGAGAUCACGGCCGUCGCCGUCCACUUCGCCGCGCAUGAGGGUGCCGCGGAUAGGCGCGAUCGGGAUUGGGCGGAUAUGGUGCGCACACUCGUUUUCUCCUCCUCCUCCUCCGACGGGGACGGGCAGGGCGACGGCGAGGAGGAGGAGGGGGAGCAGGAGGACGUGCAGCAGAUCUACCCCACCACCGCCAACGGGCACCUGUUCGUAUUCGGCGACUUGAACUACCGCACUUCAGACGUACGGCCGAAGGGGAUAGUGGGGCUCGGGGUGGAGGUCCCGCCACCGAACACGCCGCGCUCGGCCUGGCGCAGCUGGCUCGAUCGGGAUCAGUUGACCGCAAGACGUAGGGCGGGACUGACCUGUCACGGCCUCGAGGAGGCGCCGGUUACGUUUCCGCCGACUUAUAAAUACGAUCUUGACGCACCUGCAUCAGAUGACGAGGGGGGCGAGGGAAGGGAGGAUGUGUUUGUACAGAACCGCUGGCCCAGCUGGACAGACCGCGUGCUGUUCCUGCCGUCGCCGCGGCUGGAGGUGAUGGCGUAUGAUAGCAUACCAAGUUAUAAGGGGAGUGAUCAUCAACCUGUUUUUGCCGUAUUUAGCAUACAAGGUGGGGUUGGGGAGGGUGGGGGGGAGGUGGUGAGCCCGCCGUUUGGCGUCGAUGAGAACUGGAGACUAAGAAGGGCGGUUGCUAGGAGGGGGGAACUGGUGGUAGGCGCUGCGAUGGUGGCCGCGGAGAGCGCGGGUGUUUGCGGUGUGCUGAUUGGCGUUGUGUUGGUGCUUUGGGGAGGGUGGUGGGCGCUGGGCGGGGCGGGGGCGGAGAUGUAGACAGUUGUAGUU